GCUUUUGAUAUGCCGGACUUUGUCAUUCCAGUCGCUAAAAGCGAUCUAUUAAAACGCGCGACUCCAAAUUCUUAUGUCGUCAAUGAAGUUUUGUCUGUGCGACACUUACGGAAUCAGUUACCAAAAUGCCACCACAUCCUCAUCACCGAAGGACAUGUUUAUAUUCUGCGGACGUUUGACAUCCUUUUUAGCGUUUUACAUGAAUGGAGCAACCUAUUCCCUAAUGUUAAGGAGGAAGCCUGGGGAAUCGUUCUGAAAGGCUGCGAACUUUGUGUUCGUCAACUGGCCGCUGUGUUAGAGACAAGCGAAGGUGGUGUGUUGCAUGUGGACCGUUUCGAGAUCGCGAAUCAUCGUAACUCGCUGAAAAUGCAUGUGUAUCUGCUUUGUCAAUUUGUCGACAUGUUUGAGAACGAAUUGAAUGCCAACGCGAAAUCAAACGCAGCUAUGAAAGUCGGACGCACGAGAGCUCGAGGAGGUGGAGCUUCAGGCCGAGGCCAAAACCGCGCUGCUGCCCGUGAUGACGCAGGAUCUUCUGAAAUCUCCCUAUCCAUUGAUUGGAUUACAGAGUGCGAGAAGGCGGUGAGCAUAUUAGAUCAGCUGUACAGUCUACAACUGAACAAGCUUUGGAAUCCACCGGUGGUCGAGGAAGAUUUUAUCAAUUUGUCUGCAAAUUGUUGCUACAAACUGCUCGAGAACCGGUCGAUGGCUAGCAGCAUGGAUGUGCGCGCGGCGAUGACCAGUCUGUUGGCCAGUCUUGUCCGACGAUACGGCCACUCGAUUACGUGUUGUGUGAAGCUCACUCAGCUUCUGCAGUGUUUCCCCCACAUGGUCAACUGUCUCAUCUCCUUUGUCCGGUCGUUUAUGGAGGAAGAUCACAUGACAGGAGUAGUCCGGGAACUGCUGAAGGAAAUAUGCAGCUACAACGGUGCUGAUCUAGAACGGGACGCACAAGCCACUCAGAACUUCUCCUCCUUUUUGCUGGAAGUGGCAGCAGCCUAUCCUGGACUGGCGCAGUCAAUUUUACCUUUACUUCGUCCACGUCUGGAUGAGGACCCCUACCAGAUGCGAAAUUGCGUUCUUGGCGUAAUCGGUGAGGUCUUAUCCUCAUUUGCGCGCCGCGAACAACUGGAUUCCAAAGAAUCAGUCCAACGCGAACGCUUGAUGGAUUUGUUGCAAGUAAGCAAAGCGUUUCACGCAAACCAGCGACUUUUUGUGAUUAUCACUAUUGACUUGAAGUCCGCCGUCGAUUCGCCUAUCACCCAUCUGCUACGCUUUUGA